GUAAAACUUAAGAGAGAGCGACUCCUCACUGACGAACUUUACAAAACUUGGACAACAUCCCUCAUCCGUCACAUUCCUAAAUCAGGAUGUCGGUGCAGUUCUCUGGCUGGGAGGUAGUUGACGACGGUGCUUCUUUUCCGGGUGUGGAGCUGGAGGCCUCGCAGAAACCUCAAAACCGGGGCGUCUACACCAUGUACCAUGGGACCAGUGUGGCCAGUGCACGGCUCAUCAUCGCCAAUGGUUUUAAACAGUCAUCAGCGGGCAUGCUGGGAAAGGGCGUGUACGUCAGUCGUAACAUGAAAAAGGCCUCUAAUUAUCCAUUGAACAGUAACGUAACAGACCGCGUGGUCUUUCAGGUACAUGCGCGUGUCGGCCGUGUCAAGCGCAUUGACCAGGACAACCAUCCCCUGCAGUACACGUGGAGCGCGAAUGGCUACGACACCGCCUGGGUGCCCCCCAGGUGCGGCCUCAAAGCCGUGCGCAGUGGCCUAGAGGAGGAUUGUGUGUUUGACCCCAAAAGAGUGAAGGUGGUGGGCAUUGCAAAGGCCCCAGACGCCACCAUACAGAGAGAACUUCAACAGCUUAUCUCAAAGGCGUCCAAACAAUCUGCACCAGGCGGCGAUGCUGCUGCAGAUGUGUGUUCACUGUGUAAGAGGAAAACCCAGCAGGGUUCUCCACACAUCAGGCAACAGUGCUGGGAGUGUGGGAAAAACAUCUGCAUCCUCAUGUCCAAGCACUUCUCUGCAGCUUUUGAACAGCAUCCCCUUGUAAAAAACAAAAACAACGAGAUGUCACUGCCGUUCUUUGGCUGGGAGGUGACCUAUGAUGAUGACUCACCUCGUGUUGAGCUGGGGGCCUCUCAGGAGCCCAAAGACAGGGGUCUCUACACCAUGUACCAUGGGACCUGCAUUGCCAGUGCACGGGCCAUUAUUGCCAAUGGAUUUCAGCAGUCUUCAGGUGGCAUGUUGGGAAAGGGAGUGUAUGUCAGCCGUGAUAGGAAAAAAGCUGAACGGUAUCCAUUGCAAAGUAACCCUUCAAACCGUGUGGUCCUUGAGUUACGUGUGCGCAUCGGCCGUGUCAAGCGUAUUGACAAGGACAACCAUCCCAUGCAGUACACGUGGAACACGCAGGGCUACGACACCGCUUGGGUGCCCCCCAACUGUGGCAUGAAAGCCGUGCCCAGUGGCCUAGAGGAGGACUGUGUGUUUGACCCCAAAAAUGUGCAGGUGGUGGGCAUUGCAAAGGCGCCAGACACCAACCUGACAGAGCUUCAGCAGCUUGUAGCUAAUGGUCUAAGAAAUCCUGGCAGAGGAGUUGGGGGUGCAACAUCAUCUCUUGGUGGUGCUGUGGAUGUUUGUUCACUGUGUAAGAGGAAGACACAGCAGGGUUCUCCACACAUCAAGCAACCGUGUUGGGGCUGUGGGCAAAACAUCUGUACUCUCAUGACCAAGCAUGUCUGCUCAGCUGGCCUCUGAGAGGGAGUAAGGGCCUGACAAACCGUGCUGGUGAGAAACAGAUGGAAUAAAGAUCCACGCCUGCAUGGCCUUCUAAAGAGGUGGAGGGGGAAAGGUUUGAAAAAUAAGGUUCAAGUUCACCAAAGAGCUCAGGGUGUAAUCAUACUUUUGAAAUAAUUCUCAAAAUGUUUACUCCUUCUGUUUGUUUCUUUCUUUUCCUUUUCACAAAUGAUCUAUUAAUAAUUCACUGUAAUGGGUGCAACAUGUUAUAAUAUUUACUGCUGCUAAUCUUCUAGUACUUUUUAUACUAUAUUGAUUAUACUUUAUAUUCCAUUCCUGUUUUAUUGACGGAUCAACAUGCGUAAGGAUGCAAUCAAAAUGAAACAAUAUUUUUGUAUUGAUCAAGAUGCAUUUAUUUCAGCCUGAAUGUGAACAUUGGUUACUUUAUGCGAAGUCCAUUUGAAAUACGUGAUUAACGUUCAUGAUUUUGAUAUGCUGAAUUGAUUGUGUUUCCUUAAAUCUUUAUAAUGUAUAAUCAAAUAAUGAUGUAUCACCAAUAAAUGUCAUGAUACGAGA